AUGUCUCAUCUGCCCACAACAACACGUCGCGCCUUCCGCAGAACCGACGACUUCACCCCUGGUACCCCAAAGGUCAAGCUCGUCACUGAAGACCUCCCUGCUAAACUUCCCGCAACCUCAGUGCUAGUAAAAGUACACGCCGUCGCGCUUAAUUAUCGGGACUCCAAUAUAGCAAACGGCGGCAACCCCUGGCCCGUAACUCCUAACGGCAUCCUAGGCAAUGAUGCGGCUGGCGAAAUCAUCGCCCUUGGAGAUCAAGUGAAAUAUCUGGCGAUAGGAGAUCGCGUAGGCCCCAUCACGGAUACCGAGAACCUAACCAACCGUGAAUCGGCACGCUCCUGGCUCGCGGCAGACGAGGAUGGAGUUCUAGCCGACUACAUCAUCUUUGACGAACGAGUGCUGUGCAAAUUGCCUGAGCACCUGGAUUGGGUGCAGGCGAGUAUCAUCCCGUGUGCGGGGACAACGGCAUGGAGCGCGUUGAAGGGAGUGGAGUUUGGGAGGACGGUGUUGAUCCAAGGCACUGGAGGUGUAGCUAUGUUCGCCCUAAAGCUCGCCCGUGCCGCCGGCCUCCGUGUCAUCAUUUCCUCCUCAAGCGACAAGAAGCUCGAUGACCUGAAGAAGAAGUUUUCGAGCCCGCCGCUGUUAACUGUCAACUACUCUGCCCACCCCGAUUGGCACGAGGAAGUCCUGAAGCUCACCGAUGGUGCUGGAGUUGACCUGGUCGUUGAGGUUGGUGGUUCUUCAACACUGAUCAAGAGUGUGAAGUGCACUAGACGCGGUGGAAUAGUCAGUGUAGUUGGAUAUCUCAGCAAGCAGGACAAUCAACAGUUUGACGGCCUACUCGGGAUUAUCAUCGACCGGCGAACAAUUGUGAGAGGCAUAAACGCUGGCUCAAAACAAGACCAAGACGAUCUCUGCGCCGCUAUAACAGCCUCGCAGAUGACGUUCGACGACAUCAUCGACUCCAUUCAGCCAUUUGAGAAAGCUGAAGAAGCUAUUCAGUAUAUAUGGGAGGGCAAACAGGUUGGCAAGUUAGUUCUAACCUUAUAA